AUGCUGUACCCGCCCAAUCAGCCCUUCUACCACCAUUUGGGCAUCUCCAACUCGGCCUCAGCCGGUGUGCUGCGUAAAAUCGGCUUCUUUCUGCUGUUCGUCGCUCACAUCGCACUAGCAACCCGAAAGUCGUGGAUCGAGCCGCAAAGGGGUCGCAUCAGUCGCCCCAACCGUUAUAGCAGGGACGUCAGCGAGGAGUGCCCUUCCAACCGCCCGUUUGUUUGCUACGUAUUUGAUGAGCUCGAAAAGCCAUAUCCCGAAUUGUCUGGCCCCAAGGAUACUCAGUGUUCGCCUUGCGCUGUUUCCGCGAGCCAACAAUGCACAGAGGAAUGGAAAUUUAGCGCUAUUAAUGGCAUUAGAUCGCAAACGAUGGGCUGCCGCCCAAAUCUUUGUAAACUUGGCGAAACCACUGCGUCGGAUUGUAUUGCGCCGGUCACAAUCGACGCAAUCAAUGAGACGGUCUACUUUCCCUUCAACCUCUGCACACGCGAGAUGGUGGCCUCCGGACGGUGCGAUGAGAGAAGCUUGAGCACCAUCGCAUACGCGCCGGAGGUAAUCCCGCACACAACCAAAUACUUUCUGCAGUGCGAUGCUGGAUUUGUCAUCCCUAGGAUCGUCGUCGAAGCCAAUGCAAGAGAUCCGCGCAUCCAAGUUACCUGUAUUCCAAGCCUUCAAUUGGCCGCCGGUUACAAGCAAACCGAUCAAACGACUCUCGGUGACAACAAAUACGAUGUUUUCGAUCCAAUGGCUCCCAAGUAUUGUCCGAAGGGAGGACGACAAUCUGAUGUAAAUGAUCCGACCGGUACCCCUCCAUACUACUCGCUUCGUCGAGCUCUGUCGGGACCGUACGCGACGUUGAUGAGUGAAGAGGAGACGAUCAAUUACCUGGUCAAUCUGCGUCCUAAAAACGACAGCCAACCAUCAAUCCCGAAUCAGCCGGAAACACCGGAGGAUGAUACGGGCAACUCGACCGAGCCGACAAAUAGCGAGAAGAAGCUACGAUGGAAGAGAAGCGACAGAAGAAGCCGUCAGAAGCGCCAGGGUACACCACUUCCAUCUGUCAUCUACCCACGCUGCAUCAAGACGGACCGGUUGCCAGAGGAUCAGGGAGCCAUCGUAGAGGCCGACGAGCUGCUUGACUGCGCCAAGAACCCAUUCUACAAGCAAUUCGGCAUAAUGGCACUGACCGUCUCGAAACUGCUCCCGUGCAGCGAGGUCGAUCAGAACCAGAAAUUCUGUGUGGUCACUCGCCAGACCGCCGCCCCGGUACUGCCACCAACAACUGUUACCCCAGAGGAGCCUGAACAGCUCGGACUCUUCCUCGGCAUCGGUGCCGCGGCCCUUAUUGCUGUCCUCGUCGUCGUCGGUGUCGUCUACGUGCUGAAAUCGGGCGGUCGAAAGAAGGCAGAAGAGUCGCCGGCUGCCGAUCCGAAGUCGGAGAGCAGCGACAACUCCCAGGCCGCCACCCCCAGUCAAUCCGAGCCCACCGCCGCC